CUUGGAAGAUGUAUACAAGUCAUGAAGACAUUGGGUAUGAUUUUGAGGAUGACCCCAAAGACAAGAAGACGCUUAAGCCCCACCCAGACAUCGAUGGCGGCUGGGCGUGGAUGAUGGUCCUCUCCUCCUUCUUUGUGCACGUCCUCAUCAUGGGCUCCCAGAUGGCCCUGGGAGUCCUCAACGUGGAGUGGCUGGAGGAGUUCCACCAGAGCCGCGGCCUCACCGCCUGGGUCAGCUCCCUAAGCAUGGGCAUCACCCUGAUCGUGGGACCUUUCAUCGGCUUUUUUUUCAACACCUGUGGGUGCCGCCGGACCGCCAUCGUCGGAGGGCUCGUCAACUCCCUGGGCUGGGUGCUCAGUGCCUAUGCCACCAACGUGCACUACCUCUUCGUCACAUUCGGAGUGGCCGCCGGCUUCGGCAGCGGCAUGGCCUACCUGCCCGCGGUGGUCAUGGUGGGGAGGUACUUUCAGAAGAGACGAGCGCUCGCCCAGGGCCUCAGCACCACCGGGACGGGCUUCGGGGCCUUCCUGAUGACGGUGUUGCUCAAGUACCUGUGCGCGGAGUACGGCUGGCGCAACGCCAUGCUGAUCCAAGGCGCCGUGUCCUUGAACCUGUGCGCCUGCGGCGCGCUCAUGAGGCCCCUGUCGCCUGGCACAGACGCAAACACCCCAGCGGAGAAAGAUCCGAACGUCCUGCCAGCUCACUCCACUGAGUCCGUGACGUCAGAGGGACAGCGGGCCAGAGCCGACGAGAAGGAUGACAGGCCCGGGCACGAGGAGAGCCGGGGUGACCUUCCAGCCCAAGAGUACCCAGAGCAGGCCCGGCACAGGAAGAACCUGGGCGCUUUCCGCGUUCUGAAAACCGCGAGUCAGCUCACCGUGAGGGUCAGGAGGGGCUUCCGGGACUGGUACUCCGGCUAUUUCGGAACAGCCUCGCUGUUCACCAACCGGAUGUUCGUAGCCUUCAUCUUCUGGGCUCUGUUCGCCUACAGCAGCUUUGUCAUCCCUUUCAUCCACCUGCCAGAAAUAGUCAAUUUGUACCAUUUAUCGGAACAAAACGACGUUUUCCCUCUGACUUCAAUUAUAGCAAUAGUUCACAUCUUGGGGAAGGUGGUCCUGGGCAUCGUGGCCGACUCGCCCUGCAUCAGUGUUUGGAACGUCUUCCUGAUGGCCAACUUCACCCUGGUUCUCAGUAUUUUUAUCCUGCCCCUGACGCACACCUACGCUGGCCUGGCGGUCAUCUGCGCCCUGAUUGGCUUCUCCAGCGGUUACUUCUCCCUAAUGCCCGUGGUGACUGAAGACUUGGUGGGCAUUGAACACCUGGCCAACGCCUAUGGCAUCAUCAUCUGUGCUAAUGGCAUCUCGGCGCUGCUGGGACCCCCCUUUGCAGGGUGGAUCUACGACAUCACACAAAAAUACGACUUUUCCUUCUAUAUAUCUGGUUUGCUUUAUAUGGUAGGAAUACUCUUUUUACUCAUUCAACCGUGUAUUCGAAUUAUAGAACAAUCUAGAAGAAAGUAUAUGGGCGGUGCCCACGUUUAGUGUCACAGAACGCUUCGCGUCAGAUUUCAUUGUGGUACUCAUGCCUACCUCACGUGGUUGCUGUGAGGAGCCCGUGACAUAAUGUGGGAAAGAACGCUGUAUGGUGACUGGCACUGUCAUUUGGAAAGGCCACCGUCAUGGCUUCCUUUGUAAGCAGCACUGCCUCUGUUUGGGGACCAGCCAUGCCAGAGGUAUCAAGGACUACGUACAGUUUAGAGACAUUGUUCUUCAAAGACAGCCUAUUAAAUGAUUGAUAGACAUGCCCUUGUAAAAUCGAUUCUCUCUCAUCAUCCACUGGGGCAAAGGUUUUAGAUACAGCUUUUAAAACAAAGACGGGGAAUACAAGCUUUUCAACUCAAUUGUUAGGUCGUUGGAAACAUCAUGAUGUAUUUUUCAAUGUUUUUCUAUACAAAAAAAUACAUCACAACUUUUCCGGUGACUCAAUACUUUCUAAGAUAAAACCUUACCAUCUGUAUGCUUCCAAGAAGCUUCCAGAUAAGUGAAUUCCAAGCACAAUAAUAGGAACUAUAUUCUAGAAAUUAGUUAUUACAGGGAGCUACUGGUCUACCAGUAUAAAACAAAGGCAGGCUCUAAUUUCAAAGGUAAUACAAAUUAGUACAGUUAAAGAAAUCCUGUUUAUAAUUUUAGUAAGGAAUUCUGCAACUAGGGAAAGCAGUUUAUAAAUCUUCCUCCAAGAGAAGGCAUGUGCUAUUAGUCCUAAUUCAAGUAUCCAGUUAUUAACUGAAUCUUGAGACAAAACUUUAACAAACCAUACUAAUGGUUUCAUUAGCAGAAGCUGUACUUGUACACACAACCGUUGACUCAAGGGCUAUGAUUCAUGCACUUUUAGUCCUAUCAUUGGCCUCUGUUGUAGAUUAUGGGCAUGAUCUGGGGCCUCUAACACUUUUUUUCGGAGUUUCUCCUGCUCGAUAAAUGUAAUAAAGAACUAAUUGCUGCUUGACAUAUAAAGUUGGUGGUUACAUCAUUUGUAAAGAAUGUUGUUAAUCCAAAAUAUAGCUCAUGAGGGCAGUAAAUGGAGUGCCCUUGGUCCGGAUGUCCGUGCACCUGACACUAGGAUAGUGGUGACCAAGAGCCCGUCUCCAGUGUCCCUCGUUACAUUCACAUUCAUCUGCCUGAGCUUGACAGAGUCUUAAAAAUCGUUCUCUAGAUUGACUUCAUGUAGAAGUUAACUGGGAUCCAUGACAUCAAAUAAUGCCCUUCCUUUAUGUGAGAUGUCUAUUUUUCUAAGCCAAACAUGUUUCAGAUUGCAGAAUGUUCUUCCCAGAAACAUUCUGAAAUUUCUGGCUGCCUUACUUGUUCACACAUAGUUGAAAACUAGUUAAAUUUCUACUCACAGUUUGUUCAUCACACACACACACACCCUCAAUGUGAUUGCCAAUGUCUCAGGUCAAAUCAAUCUGAAAGGAAUACAGUCCACUCAGUUAUCCUUGGUAAUUAAGGCAGUCAUGCUACUAGGAGUUGGACUCACAGAAGGUUACACUAAAGCCUAAUUUUAGCCGGCAGUUUGACUUACGCUCCUCCAAGCCCUUCCGAGCUGCUAACAAGUGAUGACGUGGACAAGGUUCCUUUUGGUUACAUCUCCAUUAUUUCCUGCUCUACUAUCUCAUGGGAGGGGUUGUAGAAUGAAAGGACCACCAAAAUAUUAAAAGGCAGAGGCUGGAAAGGAGAAACAAAGCUACAGGUAAUCUAUACACACGAUGUUACCUCCGAGAUUCAAGAAUUGCCUGUAAGUGGUCAUAGUUAAUUCACUGCAUGCCAUUCUCCACUUGGUUCAACAUGAUGCUCUUCGCACGAUGAUAGCUUUGGCUGCUGUAGAGGAUCCAGCUCUAGUCUGAUCAUCUUUCAAGUUUCUAAUGCCAUCUUAAAAAGCUGUGGCAAUACUAUAUCUAUUUGCUAUUUCCCAGCAAAUUAGUAUGAUUGGAUUGAAAAAUAUGUUACGUGUUUUAAAACUGACGACGUGACUUUGGUACUUCAUUUCCAACAACACCAAUGAACAGGAAGCAUUGUUCAAUAUCCCAAAAGGUGCUACAGCCAGUGCGUUUGGGUGCCUGCAUGGCUGGUUCUACAUCAUAAAUAGGAACGGUGUAUCCAGUGCCCUGACGUCGCAUCCAAGUGAGACCCUCACCUGCCGUUUGUACAGUUGUCUGUUGACUUCCUCGCUUUACGGAAGCGGUAACUUCUACCAAAUGUUGGCGUCCUCAUUUCACACAAGUAAAACUAUGCUUGCGAUCUUCAUGUUGACAUCACGAUGACAAACUGCGAUAAUGAAUUACAGCAAAUACAGCUUCCUGUUUGUGUCAUUGCUCACAGUUCUUUGAAGAUAUUCUA